UCGUGAAUCUCAAAAUGAACACAAUUGAAGUGAGCAUGUUGAGACCAGCCAGUCAGCAUGCUUCAUUUCAUGGUGAAUGCAUUCACUUGACGACUACCCCUCAUCUAUGGCCAUGAAUGGCUGGGGAUAUUCCUAUAAGUACUGUGUACUUCCCUCUGUUUUGAACUUCAUCUACCUAAACCUCUAAGAUCUUCGAUCCGAAAUCUUUCUCGCCUUUCAGUUUAUUCGCAUCGAACUUUCUUCAAUCUUAAGAUCUACUCAAGCACAUCAUCAGGAUGUCUCAGGAAAAGAAUGAAUUUGGGCUCAGUGCUCGCGAGCAAGAGAUCCUUUCAAAUGUUUUCGUUUCUCUCAAGUCCGCUCCUGACGUUGAUUAUGUCAAGCUCGCAGGACUUUGCGGUAUGAGCAACCCUCGCUCAGCCUCCAAUGCUUUCACUGCAAUCAAGAAGAAACUUUGGCCCGACGGUUUGCCCAACGCUGCCGCCGCAACUCCCAAGAAAGCUGCUGCCACAACUAAGAAGAGCAAGCCGAACGCAGCCGGAUCUACUGGGUCCGAUGAACCGGAGCCUAGUGUUGACAGCCCUCCAGCAACUCCCGCACCAAAAAAGCGUGCUCGCCAGUCCAAGUCUGCCAAAGAGGCUACUGCCACCAAGACUGAAGACUCUGGUUCUGGUUCUGGCUCUGGCUCUAUUGACACCAUUCCGGUCACUCCCGUGACCAAGGUCACCCCUCGUAAGCGAAAGACCGCUAUCGAAAAGAAGGCUGAGCAGCAGGCUGAAGGUGGAAGUCCACCGAAGAAGGCACGCGCUACCAAGAAAAAGUCCGCUGAAUUCGUCAAAGAAGAGUCUGAGGCCGAGACGGAGAUUGGACUCAAAGAAGUCAAGAAGGAUGGUGAGGACGAGAUCGAUGUCAUGGAUGAACACAAGCCCCAGCUGUCCGUCAACGGCUCUGAUGAUGGAUCUGUCAAUGAAUCUGUCUACGCUGACGCCAAUGGAUUCGAGGAUGAUGGAGCUAUCAAAGACAGGGAAGUUGAGGUUUAAGUGAUCUUCUGAACCUUAUUGUGCCGUCAGUCGCACGCACAAACAUUUUCGACUUUCACGUAUUUCAGUCUCACAUUUUACCACCAUAAUCACCUGGCAUGGCAUUCAUUCGUUCUUUGGGAUGGGUAUAGACAUGAUUUA